AUGAAAACAGAGAGGAAGAGCGAAGAAAGCAUACGACAAUUUAUGAUGACUCACACUUUGGCACCUCCUCCAUACAUGCUGCCACAGAUUCUUAAGCUCGUUCUUCCUUAUAGAAUCGACGCUUUCUUUUCCAAAACAAGAAUUAUUAUGAAAAAUGGUGAUAAAUUCAAUCCAAAUCAUGGGGAAGCAAGACCCGAAUGGACCUCACAUGAAGAAACCUUUCCCAACAAACCACAGAGCCCUGUGUUGACUGCUGCUGCUGCUGCUGCACCUGCACGACACCUGAACCUUGAGACCUACUGGUGGCAGCUCCAUGGUUAG